AUGUCGAUGCUGCCGCCUGAUGUCAGCGCCCAACUGGUCCAGCUCCUUCAGCAGCUGCAGUCGGCCGACAAUACUGUUCGCUCCCAAGCUGAAGAUGUGCUCCAGAACCAGUGGACAAGCCAGCGGCCUGAGUGGCUGCUGAUGGGACUGGCAGAGCAAAUCGGUACCUCCAGCGACCCCUCGCUGCGCUCUUUUGCCGCCGUCAUCUUUCGCCGAAUAGCCUCCAAGACCCGCAAGAACAUCAGUGGGGAGAACGUCGACUUGUUCAUAUCCCUUGAAAGGCAACACAGCACCGCAAUCCGUGCAAAACUGUUAGAGACACUCCUUACCGAGUCCGAUAAGAAUGUGCGGAACAAAAUCAGCGAUGCCGUUGCCGAGGUUGCCAGACAAUAUGCUGAAACUGGCGAGUCAUGGCCCGACCUCCUCCAGGCUCUAUUCACGUUAAGCCAGGCGACUGAUUCUGGCAAGCGGGAAACCGCCUUCCGUGUAUUCACAACUACACCUGGUAUUAUUGAGAGGCAGCAUGAGGACGCUGUGGCUGGAGCAUUUUCCCAGGCCUUCAAGGAUGAGUCAGUCGCGGUUCGCCUUGCCGCGAUGGAAGCUUUUGCUGCUUUCUACCGCAAUCUGCGCAAAAAGGAUCAGGCCAAAUUCCACGCCCUCCUGCCCGAACUUCUCAAUAUCCUACCCCCCAUCAAGGACUCACAAGACUCUGAGGAUCUUAGCAAAGCUCUGGUGGCGCUCAUUGACCUUGCUGAGACUUCACCUAAGAUGUUCAAGCCGGUCUUCAAUGUCCUGGUUCAGUUCUCUAUUUCAGUCAUCCAGGACAAGGAGCUCAGCGACCUGUGUCGCCAGAACGCCCUCGAGCUCAUGGCCACCUUCGCUGACUACGCACCAUCGAUGUGCAAAAAAGAUCCCAACUACACCAAUGACAUGAUUACGCAAUGUCUCAGCUUGAUGACUGAUCUUGGAGAGGAUGACGACGAUGCUGCGGACUGGUUGGCUGCCGAUGAUCUUGACGAUCCUGAGAGUGACCAAAACCACGUAGCCGGCGAGCAUUGCAUGGAUCGUCUUGCCAACAAGCUUGGCGGUCUGGUCAUCCUCCAGCCUACCUUCAACUGGCUGCCCCGUAUGCUUUCUUCCCCCGCCUGGAGAGACCGCCAUGCGGCAUUGAUGGCUAUCUCAGCGAUCUCGGAGGGCUGCCGUGACCAAAUGCUUCCGGAGUUGAAGCAGGUUCUUGAUCUGGUUGUCCCUGCUCUCAAGGAUCCCCACCCCCGUGUCCGCUGGGCUGGCUGCAAUGCCUUGGGUCAGAUGAGCACCGACUUCGCCCCUGAAAUGCAGAAGAAGUUUUACGAUAUCGUUCUUUCUGCCUUGGUGCCUGCGCUUGACUCUCCAGAGGCUCGAGUCAAGUCCCACGCGGCUGCUGCUCUGGUUAACUUCUGCGAAGAGGCUGACAAAGCUGUUCUCGAACCUUAUCUGGACAGUUUGCUGACAGCUCUGUACCGUCUGCUUCAGAAUGAGAAGAGAUACGUUCAGGAGCAGGCUCUGUCCACCAUCGCUACGAUCGCUGAUGCGGCAGAGCAAGCCUUCGCGAAGUAUUACGACAGCCUAAUGCCUCUGCUCGUCAGCGUUUUGUCGCGCGAGAGCGACAAGGAAUAUCGGCUCCUUAGAGCAAAGGCGAUGGAAUGUGCGACUCUCAUUGCCCUUGCUGUUGGCCCAGAGCGCCUGGGAGGGGAUGCCAUGAUGCUUGUUCAGCUGUUGGCCAAUAUUCAAGACAGUAUCCAGGAUCCGGAUGACCCGCAGGCACAAUACCUGAUGCACUGUUGGGGUCGGAUGUGCCGUGUCAUGGGCAAAGCUUUUCUCCCAUACAUGCCAAAGGUCCUUCCCCCGUUGCUUGAGCUUGCAAGCGCCAAGGCGGAUGUGCAACUCCUGGAUGACGAGGAGCAGAUUGCGAAGUUUGCCCAGGAGGACGGGUGGGAACUGGUCCCGCUGCGCGGCAAAACAAUCGGUAUCAAGACUAGUGCCAUGGACGACAAGCACAUGGCUAUCGAGUUGCUUGUGGUGUAUGCCCAAGUGCUCGAGGAGGCCUUCGCUCAACAUGCUGAUGAUAUCAUGGAGAAGAUUGCUCUUCCCGGUCUUGCCUUUUUCUUCCACGAUCAGGUUCGAUUUGUCUCAGCCAGGCUUAUACCGCAGCUACUCCGCUGUGUCAAGAAGGCAUAUGGUUCCCAGUCACAACAGCUGGUGAACUUGUGGAAUAAGACGGUCGACAAGCUUCUUGAAGUGCUCUCUGCUGAGCCUGCUAUCGACACUCUGGCCGAGAUGUAUCAAUGUUUCUACGAAUCCGUCGAAGUUAUUGGCAUGCCAUGUCUCACAGAUGAGCGCAUGUCCAAGUUCAUCGACAAUGUCAUGUCUGCUCUCCAGGACUUCGAUGAACGCGCGAAGCAACGCAAGGAGGAACUGCAGGGCCUGGCUCCGGAAGAACUCGAGGAUGAUCAAGAAGAGCUUCAAGAAGCCAUUGAUGACGAUCAGACUCUUCUUGCCGAUAUGAACAAGGCGUUCAACUGCAUCUUCAAAUACCACGGGGUCAGCUUCCUGCCUUACUGGGAGCGUCUGCAACCAAUCUACGCAGAAUUCCUCAAGUCAGACGAUCCUAUGCAGAUCCAGUGGGUGCUUUGCCUCUUCGACGAUGUGCUUGAAUAUUGCGGUCCUCAAAGCGGGGGCUAUGUGAGCUUCUUCAAGACUCCUUUCCUUGAGGGAUGCAAGCAUCCAUCUCCGGCAAUCCGCCAGGCCGCUGCAUACGGUAUCGGUGUUGCAGCUCGCAAUAACGGCAAAGACUGGUCGGAAAUGCUUGAGCAAGCAAUUGAGCGGCUGUUCGAGGCAGUGCAGGUUCCAAGUCAAGUCAAUAUGGGUGACAAGACGCCUACCGAAGAAGAGAUCUACAAGAAGGCUCGAGAUGAGGACAACGUCUAUGCCACCGAGAACGCGUGUGCAGCCAUUGCCAAAAUUCUGCACUUCUACCCGGCUGCUGUCAAAGUUAACCCCUAUCAGGUCAUUGCUCAAUGGUUCAGGCUUCUCCCCAUUACGAAUGACGAAGAAGCAGCUCCGUAUGCCUACUUGUACUUGGUCGAGUUGAUUGGCAAGCAACAUCCUGUGGUCAUGUCUCAGCCGGCUCUUGUCUUUCAGCGUGUGGUGGAGGCUCUCGAGGCCGAGACCUUGACAGACCAGACGGCCAUGCGUGUGGUGGCGGCCACCAAGGCUCUGCUGCAGGCUACCAAUACCGAUCCAUCACCAGUGCUGCUCAACUUCUCCCCUGAGACCCAGAAUCUGGUUCGGAGGCUCUUUGUGUAA